AUGCCCAUCUCCUCACUGCUCCACGCACCUGCCGUUGCCGCUGCCGCUGCCGCUGCCGCUGCUGCUGCUGCUGCUGCACCUGAUGCCUCAUGCGGCUGCCGGCUGCCGGCUGCCGUCUGCACAUCCGACAUGCCCACCUCGGUGAUCUGCAAUAGCAUCGCCAUGGCCGCCAGCGCCGCAUGUGCGGGCCACGUACUCCUUACUGUGCCACAUACAUGAAUGCCUAAUGCUACUGCGCAUGCUGUCCGCACAGGCAGGUCUACCAAUGCCUGCCAAUCAUGACUGCUCUGCCACAUGUCCCAAUUCACAUGCGCAUCAUGGACUGCGCAAAGCAACAACAACAACAACAACAACAACAACAUGUACAUACAAUUGCAUUGCCUGACGCACUGCUAACUACUGCUUCUGCUGCCUUCAUCUACAUAUAUGUAGGUGCAGACAGCGGGGCAUGUGGAUGUGCGCCUGCAGUAUGCACAAGUUCCCACUUGCAUCAUACUGGUAAGAGUGGACAAACCUGAUUCAUGCGAUACGUCACUUCCUGUCGCCAGGCCCAGGCCCUCACUUGGCGUUACUAAAAGGAAGAAAGCCAUUGAAGACGGUGUGAAUGCCAGACAAAUUGCUAUGCCUCGGCCAACAGCAACAACAACAACAACAUCCUCCUAUGCAUCAGCAUCCAGCCCGAAUGUCAUAUUUCCACCACAAUCCCACCUCAUUACAUCUGCUCACUAUGUGACAAUCAUGCAAGGCAUACCUCAGUUGCACUUUGUAGACAUUCGGCACAACCAUCCUCAUGCGCAAUGCAACCGACCAAUCCAUCUCUAAUCACACAAUGCCCAUCUCCUCACUGCUCCACGCACCUGCCGUUGCCGCUGCCGCUACCGCUGCUUCGGCUGCAGCUGAUGACUCAUCCGGCUGCCGGCUGCCGGCUGCCGGCUGCCGUCUGCGCAACCAUCAUGCCCACCUCGGUGAUCUGCAAUAA